GAAUGUGACAUGGCGGCGUCUGCUGUACUGUGUAGAAGAGAAAUAAAGUUAGACUGAGGCGAAUUUUUUCACACAAAUAUUUCUAAAUUUAAUUGAAUUUUUUAUUUGAAAUUAAUUAAGUUUUCAACAAUAAAUCAUUAAAAAUACAUUGGUAAUACGAAUUGCCAGUAAUUAAGCGAUUAUAUUGCAUAAUAAAUAGCAAUUAAAAACACGAACAACUUCAACGACGACGAAGACAUCGCCUUCGUCGUUCCAAAGUGUAUUGCCUUUGCUUUUGCCUUUGCCACCACCAAUCAGCGCAGCCAUCAGUCGAUCGCGUCUAAUAGAAAAUAAUUUAGAAGAAAAAUCGACUAGAGCUCCACUGGGCACCAACCAAUGCACACAGCUUGCUACAAAUUGCGAUAGGAAAAGGCGCAGCCCCUCGCUUCGUUCGCUUCUUUCACCUUUACAAUAUAAAAUAUUAAAGGAAGGGUGUCAGAAGUCAGACGCACGGAAAAGGAGAAAUAAAAAAAUAUAAAAAGAUGAAAUAAUUUCCAAUUGAAUUUGCGAACAAAUCGAUCAAACAAAAGGAAAAUAAACUACAACAGAAACUAAAACUAAAACUGAUUCAAAUAGAAUAGAAUAAAAUAAACUAUCAAUUAGUUGAGAGAGGAACUACAAGAUAAUCAUUGAAAUAUCUGUAUAGAGACAUCCAAAAGAAUUUGCAUUGAUGGUAAUGCAUGCUAGAAAACCGCAACGUAUGAGCGAUGGGUACUUUGAGAAGCAUCAAUCCCAUUCUUAUCAGAGUUCGAAGUAUAGCUCAAAACGCGACUAUGAUCGAGAGGCUUCAAGUAGAUCAAAUUACCGCGAACGUGAUAACACCCCUACUGGUGGUUCGCUAAACAAUGGUAAUAGUGCAUACCGAUCACAAUCACCGGAAAUAGAUUCACCAUCGUCUAGACACGAUAUACGUGGUGAUAGAGAUCGUGAUCGCGAUAGGUUCAGCUACAUCCAAAAGAUGAGGGAUCGUGAUCGUGAUGUCUACAAAAAGGAUAAAUAUUCUGACAAACGAGAUAGACGUGGCAAUGAUCGCGAAACUGAACACCGCACCAAUCAUGAUAGAAUUGAUCGACGAUCAAAACUAUGCUCUUCAAGUGGUGAUAAGCGUUCUGGUUCGGAUGACAGGGACCGUGAUCGGGAACGUGAAAUAAGAGACGGAAAAAGAGAUAGAAAUGACCGUGAUCGAGACAGGGAUAGGGAGCGUGAUAGAGAUCGUGAUCGCGACCGUAACGAUCGUGAUAGAGAUCGCGAACGUGAUAGGAAUGACAGAAGUGAACGAGCUUCCUGUGCAAGUGAUUGGAGUGAACAUGUCAGUUCUUCUGGUAAAAUGUAUUACUACAACUGCAAAACUGAAAAAUCGCAAUGGGAAAAACCAAAGGAGUGGGUUGAAAAGGAAAGAACUCUUACAAGAGAUCAACAUAGAGAAAAGGAUUAUAGAGACAAAGAACGCGAGAGGGAACGUGAAGAUAGAUUUUCAAGAUCUGCAGCCUACACAAAACAUUCCAGUUCUCGGGGAAAUUCACGUUUAAGGUGGGGCUAUGAAAAUGACGGUGGUGGACCUCCUGCCCAUAGAAGGCGAAUUGAUGACAAUCCUGAUAUGGAUAUAAGUCCAGGGGAUUCAACACCAACAUCUGAAGCUAGCUAUUCACUAACGGGCACACCCAACACAGCCCAAUUAAAUGAUCAAUCUGUCCCAUUAACAAUUGGAUCAUCGACAGUUGCAGCUGGCGGAGCUGCUACUGUUUUACUACCGAAUGCAUUACCCCGUCUCGCAUCACAUCCAACAAAUGUUUCAGUGCUUUCAUCUCAAAUGCAUUUUACUACAUCGGCUUCCAGUGGUGGUAAUGUGAAUAUGGGUGGUUCUGGAGCGCAAUCCAAUAACAGUAAUCACCGAAAGCUAGAGUCUGUAGUGCAACAAGUGAAUCUAUCAGUUUCUCCUCCCAUACAAGCAACUUCUGGUUCGCAAAAUUCAAGUUCAACGUCGAAUCAAAAUGAUCAUCAUAUUAAUUCAAACGCUCCUGGCCCCCCAAAACUGGGUACAAAAUCGUUGGAGUCUAUGGACAUAAAUUCCCAACAAAAGGGUUCAAUGCUUCGACAGGCGCACGGAAUUUCUGGAACUAGCGCUUCAGAGGCCAAUGCUGUACUAAUUGAUGGACAUCAUACUGGAACAGUGCCCGGCGUUGUUAGUUUAAGAGAUAAUUCGCUUAAUUCGCCACAUUAUAAUUUAUCGCAUGCACACGGUAUGUCACCGUUGAAUUACUCAAAAAGUCCGGUAACGGGAACAAAUAACAGCGCUUCUGGCGGUUCAUACCCAUGCAGCCAAUUUGGCCUAAAGACUGUUGAGGGCGUCAAUCCAAAUAUGGUUGGUUGCCCAUCUAGUUUAACAAAUGCGUCUAUUUCGAGUGGUGGUGCUGUGUCUAGUGGAAAUGGUGGGCACAGUGGAGGCGUUGAAGGACCACCCACACCAACACAGGAACUAGAUAUAAGCGGCAACAACACAGAGCAAAGAAAAUUGGAAGGUACAUCAGCUUCUCUAAGUACUUUACAAAGUUGUGUGGCCACAACGGGUCAGGCUGGUCGAGGGCAAGGACCUGACUUGUCCCCAAAAUUAGCAAAGUAUUUUAGAGCCGAUUUGAUAACACAUGUAACAAAUUGGCCAGCCGACAUUUUGGAAAAACAGGCUCAAAAGUGUUCUGAGGAAACCCACGCGCAUGGUGACCUGCAAUGCACGAAAGUAUCCGCCGAAUUAAAAUCAGCUAGAAGUUUAGUUAGAAUAACAGAAAUAACAGCAACGCUACAAGAACAAAAAAUUAUGUAUCUUCGUCAGCAAAUUCGUCUAUUAGAGGAAUUAAAAUCCCAAAACUCAUUUAUGUCAGAUGAUCUUUAGCCAAUAUUUAAAUUGUAUUAAAUUAAAAACAAAAAAAGGAAGAAAAUUAUAUAUAUAAUAAUAAAAUAAAGAAUAAUUUUAGAAAUAAUAAAAAUUAGUUAUAAAAUACAUUUAAAAAAAAAUCAUAAAAAAGGAAACAAACACAUUUUUAAUUCUAACCAUACACCCAACCACCACAACUAAAAAAUCUACAAAAACACACGAACUCACAAAAUAUUUAUUAUUUGAUAAAAAAAAACAUCAACAACAACAAAAAAUAUAAACAAAUCACACAAUUUUUUUCUUUGUUAAUGUAAAUAAAUAUAACAUUUUAUGCAAUAGAUAUUUUUAAGUAGGUAAAUACGUAUGAGCAUUCAAAUGGAAUAGAACAAUUCAAAUUAAUUGUAUAAUAUGAAUCCAGUGUUGUAAUUUUUAUCAUACAAUAUUUUUAUUUUAUCAAAACCAUCAGACGUAUCAUUGUACCAUGUUUAAAUCAUUGAGAAAAAAGAAACAAAACAGGAAAAAUAAAUAAGCUGAAAGUCCAAAUAUCAAAUUAUUAUACAUUGAGCUGAAAUGUAGUUCUACAAUAUUUUUGCGGGGGUGAAAUACUUAGUGUCCCAUCAAUCCAAGUUCAGAUUUUUAGGAAUUCUGAAAAAGAAAAAUGAUAUUUUAAGAAAACUCUCCCUUUGGUAACAUAAUAAGUUUAAUAUCUGAAUGUUCUGUGUUUUUAUUUUUUCUUUUUUUAUUAUUCUAUACAAGGACUAUGAAACAUUUUUAUUGCAGUAGUUUUAGCCAAAACUUUUUUUGAUUAAAUUGCGAAAAUAAACUAACAAUAUUCAGUACAUAUUUUUA